AUGAGUGGAGAAUGGCGCAACUACGGCAAUCAGAGACAACAGCUAGAGAUACAGCGCCUUUCCGUUAAAAUACAGCCUGUAGCAAAAUAUGACUGGGAACAGAAGUACUACUAUGGCAGUCUCAUAGCAGUAUCUAAUGCUUAUCUUGCAUAUGCCACUAGAGGUUCUAAUGGGUCAGCUAUGAUUCGUGUCCUAAGUGUCACCACAGCAGAUCGAAUAUUGCUAAAAGGUAUUACAGGAAGUGUUACAGACUUGGCAUUUGCCCACCUGAACUCGAACCAGCUAGCUUGUCUGGAUGAAGCAGGAAACCUUUUUGUAUGGCGACUUAAAAUGGAAGGUGGAAAGAUACAAGAUGAAAUUGUUGUUCACAUACAGAGGUCAGAUCAGGCACUGUUAAAUACUCACCGUAGAAUUAUUUGGUGCCCCUACAUUCCUGAAGAAAACGAAGAGAUGCCAGCAGAGGAUGCCAGUCAGACUGUUGCUUUGUUGCAUGAGGAUAGGGCUGAGGUAUGGGACCUGGAGAUUGUACAAGCAAACUAUACCUCAUGGCCGACGGAUAUCAGUGAUAUCAAGGAAGGAUUUAUAGUUGUGAAAGGACAUUCUGGGCGCCUAAGUGAAGGUGCUCUUUCUCCUGAUGGAACAGUCUUGGCCACAGCUAGCCACGAUGGCUUUGUGAAGUUUUGGCAGAUAUAUAUUGAGGGACUAGAUCAACCAAGAUGUCUCCAUGAGUGGCAACCUCACACUGGAAGACCUGUGUCUUGCUUGCUGUUCUGUGACAACCACAAGAAACAAGACCCAGAAGUGCCGUUUUGGAGGUUUUUAAUCACAGGAGCUGAUCAGAACAGAGAGCUCAAGAUGUGGUGCACUGUUUCAUGGACUUGUCUUCAGACUGUAUGUUUUUCUCCAGACCCGUUUAGCUCCAAUGUUUUGCCUGGGUUAAAAGUAUCUUUGGAUUUGUCUGCAGAAUUCCUGAUUCUCACUGAUGUUCAGAGAAAAGUUUUGUAUGUGAUGGAGUUACAGCAGAAUCAGGAUGAGGGAAGGGCUGCUUUCACUUCAAUUUCUGAAUUUUUGCUGACUCACCCAGUUUUGAGUUUUGGAAUUCAAGAUGUAUGUCGUCAUGUAAGACAUUCAGAAGUUCUCCCAUCAGAGGCAGAAAAUGAUAAUGCUGGUGCAGAAGAGGCACUGGAAUCUGAUGAAGGGGAUGAUGCCACCAUUGUACUUAUAAAACUAUUUUGUGUUCACACAAAGGCAUUGCAGGAUGUACAGAUCAGGUUCAAACCGCACCAGAACCUGGAGUCUGCUGUACUUUGUGUAAAAGGCACACAUGAAGAUUUUGUUAUUCCUGCUGAAAUGACAGACAUCAAACCAGAGAAGAGGCCACUUAGCCAGCCCUUACAUGGAUCACAAAGUGAUAUUCUUAGAAAUGCAACUGAUCUCCUUUUGCUUUCAAAUGACUCUAAGCCAAAGCUUAUGACUCCUGAUGCAUUCAUGACACCCAGUUCCCAAACUCAACAGAUUGCCUCUUCUGCCGGAUCCAGUAUUAGCUCACUCACUUCCAUUACAGCUAUGAGCAGUGCCUCAGUCGAUACAACUGUCUCCAGGCUUCCUGAUGAAAUUACACAAAGUCCAAAACUACAGCUUGACAAUAACAUUGCAUUAAGUACCUCUCUACAUAGUGGAAGUUUUCCAUCGCCUCCACGAACCACUGCUGUACUUAUUCCAGGGCUGUCUGAGAAAGUAAUUCACAAACCAAUAGUACAGGUCACACCAUCAAGCAUUCCAUUAGAACUGCAAAGCUUGGAACCAUCUAUGGCACCCCAGGCUUCACCUACCCGUGAACGGUCCCCAGAUGUUAUCUCAAGUGCUUCCACUGCUGUGUCACAAGAUAUUCCGGAGAUUGCCUCAGAGACCCUGCAAAGAAGUUACCCAGCACCUAUAUCAUUAGGCCUGACCCUUGAAGAUACUGACACAAAUCAUGCUCCUAGCAUGAGCUCUGCAGCCUCUGCCCUACAGCUUCUUUCAGCCCGUAAUUGUAACAUACCAGAGCAUGGACACCGACCAUUAGAGCCUGGAUUGUCUGGAGCUCCAGAUGAAUUAGUUGGUGCUGAGACCCUGACUGAGAGAAGUAUUCAUAAGGAUAAGGUAGAUGAAGUCAUAUCCCAGCCUUGGCCUGCAGCACCUGACAUUACAAGGGAGACCAGGAAUAAUUUAUCUGAAAGUGACCAUGAUGAUGAAGUGGCCAGUCUGGUAACUGCUAUAAACAGCUUUGGAGGAAAGGGUCAGAGCCCAAGGUUGCUUGUAAAGGAGUGGAAAACCAGUGUAUCUCCAAAUUCUUCACCCAAAGGAAAGCGAAAAAAGGAGGAGGAUGGGGGGACAACUAACCACUCACGACAAUUGAAGUCUACAACGAGCUUCGAGCAGCAUGAGGAAUUGAUGGCUCUUCUAUAUAGUCAACAAAGAGAACUUUCUGAACUUCGUCAGAAUCAGCAGGAUCUCAUGCAGAGGCUCACUGAUCAUUUAGAUGCAACUCAAAGUUCUAUCAUGGGACAUGUGGAACGUGUCAUUGACACACAGCAAGCACAAGAACAAAGAAGAUUAGAUCGAAUCCUAAGUGACGGACAGCAGCGAACUGGUCAGCUACAAGAAUAUCUUUCUCAGCAACUUUCACAUUCACUGUCUGGGUCACUAACCAAUCGUCUUGACAAAACUAUACGGGAAGAGAUUAAAAAGACUGUUCCGCUAUGUAUAAAUAAAACUCUGGAGCCUGUGACUGGGCAACUUAGUAGCACAAUUGCAGCAAAAUUCACAUCAGUGGAGGGAACAGUAAAGGACAGUGUUAUCAAGAUAGUCAAAUCCAAGAAUAUCACUGAUGCCGUUGGUCGGGCAAUUGCAGAUUCUCUUCAAAUACCAAUUCAGACUGCAUACCGAGAAGCUUUUCAGAGCAUUGUCCUUCCAGCAUUUGAGAAAGGAUGUCAGUCUAUGUUUCAGCAGAUAAAUGGCAGCUUCCGACAAGGCACACAAGAAUAUAUGCAGCAGUUGGAGACGCAUCUUAAAAACAGAAAAAUACAUGACCAAGAAACACGUGAGCCUCUUUUGACACAACUUCAUCAACUUAUAGAAUCACUUCAGACUACAACAGACCAACUGUCUUCUAACUUGACCAGCGGUAUGAGGUCAGAAGUCCAGCAUCAGCUACAUGUAGCUGUGGGAAAUAUGCAGGACUCUAUUCUGAACCAUGUCCAAAGGAUAAUAAAGGAAGAAGUAAACCUUGCUAUGAAGGAACAGCAAGCAGCAGUCACCUCGAGCAUUAUGCAUGUAAUGCGAUCUGCUGCCGGGACUCCAAUACCAUCUUCCCAUUUUGACUUUCACUCACAGCAGACGCACAUAUUGCAACUUCUGCAGCAAGGGAACCUAAAUCAAGCUUUCCAGCAGGCUCUAACUGCUUCAGAUUUGAAUCUAAUUCUGUAUGUUUGUGAAACAGUGGAUUCCCAACAAGUGUUUGGACAACACCCGUGUCCACUUACUCAGCCUGUCCUGCUAUCUCUCAUCCAGCAGUUGUCUUUUGAUCUUGGCACCCGUACUGAGCUCAAACUGAACUAUUUGGAAGAAGCAGUGAUGCAUCUGGAUCACAGUGACCCUGUAACUAGAGAUCACAUGGGCAGUGUAAUGACCCAAGUGCGACAGAAAUUGUUCCAGUUCUUACAAGUGGAGCCUCACAACCCUCUACAGAAGCCAGCUCGGCGCCUCAUGAUUAUGUUGCAAGGGUUGGUCACCCCAAAUAUGAGCUAGAUGCAAAUUUUGUUUUGACCAUAACAUUACAUCACGUUGGAAAUUUAUAUUACAUGUAUGUCAUUUAAGAUAUAUUUAAACUUCCCAGUUCUUAAGAGUACCUACCCUAAACUGUUG